AUGUGGCCGAGCCAAAGAUAAACACGUAGCCGGACGGACAGGGGCGAGGACAACACACAGCACAGCACACAACACACAGUACACACAGGCUGCCUGCACGCCACAGAAAUGGAGUAGCCGAUGAGCAUAUAGAGACUUUUAUAGGCGAGGAGACAUCCGUGAAACCCGCGAAGGAGCGAGUCUUCCGCAGACACGACACGUAUCUGUAACUGAGUCCAAAAUGGUGCGAUCAACCUUGGUGACCGCCACCAGUCUGGCUCUGACUGGAGCUGUGGUGGCACACGCCUACCUCCUCAAACACCAGUUCUACCCGACUGUGGUCUACCUCACCAAGAGCAGCCCCAGCAUGGCGGUGUUGUACAUUCAGGCCUUUGUGUUGGUGUUCCUGCUGGGAAAGUUCAUGAGGAAGGUCUUUUUUGGACAGCUAAGGGCUGCAGAAAUGGAGCAUCUCAUCGAGCGUUCCUGGUACGCUGUGACCGAGACGUGCCUGGCAUUCACUGUGUUCAGGGACGACUUCUCCCCUCGCUUUGUCGGCCUCUUCACACUCCUGCUCUUCCUCAAGUGCUUCCACUGGCUGGCCGAGGACCGGGUGGACUUUAUGGAACGGAGUCCAAACAUAUCUUGGAUCUUUCACUUCAGAGUAUUAUCUCUCAUGGGACUGCUGGCUAUCCUAGACUUCCUGUUUGUCAACCAUGCCUGUCACAGCAUCAUCACCAGAGGAGCCUCAGUCCAGCUUGUUUUCGGAUUUGAGUACGCCAUCCUGAUGACCAUGGUGCUGACGACCUUCAUUAAGUACCUUCUGCACACCGUCGACCUGCAGAGCGAGAACCCCUGGGACAACAAGGCCGUCUACAUGCUCUACACCGAGCUCUUCACAGGUUUCAUCAAAGUGCUCCUGUACAUUGCCUUCAUGACCAUCAUGAUAAAGGUGCACACCUUCCCCCUGUUUGCCAUCCGGCCCAUGUAUCUGGCUAUGAGGCAGUUCAAGAAAGCUGUAACAGAUGCUAUCAUGUCUCGGAGAGCCAUCCGCAACAUGAAUACACUAUACCCCGACGCUACUCCUGAAGAUCUGCAGGCCUCUGACAACGUCUGUAUCAUCUGUAGAGAGGAAAUGGUCACCGGCGCCAAGAAACUGCCUUGUAAUCACAUUUUCCACUCCAGCUGCCUACGCUCCUGGUUCCAGAGGCAGCAGACCUGCCCGACCUGUCGCAUGGACGUCCUUCGUGCAUCCAACAACAAUCAGACUCCUGCACCAGCACAGGCCCCGCCCCCUGCUCCAGCUGCCCCCGCCAACGCCCCCGCAGUCCCGCCCGCCAACGUGGCCCCUGGCAUGUUACCCGGCUUUCCCCCCGGCGUCUUCCCCUUCUGGGGUCCCUUCCCCGCAGUGCCUCCCCCUGCUGCAGCGGCUGCAGCUCCGGGUGCCGAUGCUCCACAGAGCAGCACGGAGGCUACACAGGCAGCCGGCUCCAGCCAGUCCACCUCGUCCACCGCAGACGCCGCUGCAGGUGCUGCAGCUCCGGGAUCAGCAAUCCCAGGCUUCCCCUUCUCCUUCCCUCCUCCUCCCUUCCCCACUGCACCAUGGCUCAUGCCUCCCCCUCCUCCCUUCGUGUCGUCCAUGCCUCCUCCUCCUCCUUCUCUGUCCCGGCUGUCCGAGGAGGAGCUGAGGGAGAUGGAGGCGGAGGGUCGGCGGGGCCUCGAGGCCAGGCUCCAGUGUCUCCAGAACAUCCACACCCUGCUGGACGCCGCCAUGCUCAACAUCCACCACUACCUCACCACCGUCACCACACUCGCUCCUCCCCGGGCCGAGGCCAGCGCCGGAGCAGCCGGUGGGACAAACGACGCCGCCGCUUCGCCUCCGGAAGCUGGCAGCAGCACGGACAUACCCAGCCAGGAGAAGGACUCCUCCAGCUCCGAGCAGGUGGACGGAGCUGUAGUCUCCUCUCAGCAGGCUGACUCUACUUCCACCGCCUCGGACACGGAGAGAAAAGAAGAGCUGGACGAAGGAGCGGCGGGCGCGGAGGGGGAGGAGGACGGAGAGCCCAACGCCGCCGAGCUGAGGCGCCGCCGCCUUCGUAAGCUGGAGACCUCAUCGUCGCCAUCGUCCUCCCCGCCUCCUGACAACUGAUCACUCGCGCUCUGACUCGGGACUUAUUGCUCUGGACCAGCAGGAACUGUGAGCUGAUAGAUCGUUGCUUUGGUUCUUCAUCGCCUCUCUUCCUCGUGGCUCUCGCCUUCCACAGGCUCAGGUUCCUAACUGUUGUCGAGUUGGACUCAGACUACCGGGAGACGCGAUGGUUGGUCGGUACCACUCACCUGGACCGUUUCUGUGUCAGAAAGCAAUACCACGACUCCUAUUUAAUUUUUUUCAUUAACCCCCCCCCCCAGAUUGACUACUGCAAUAAGAAUACUGCAGCUGUUUGUAAGUUUAAUCAGGUGGAAGAGGAAUUUCGAACCCAUCUAUUUGGUCGGUGUAACGGAGACGGUGUUCGGACUUGUGUUUGGUAGUUUUACUGUCGGUGAGGUCUUUGCCUGCAAUUUGAUUUUUGUUUAAAUUCAGCUUCCUUCAGGCAUUAAGGUGGUGCCGCUCACCACGUCAACAUGUUACACAUCACCUGGAUCGGUGUCAACAACCAGUGAAUUCAAAUCAAUGGAAGUUUGAUCAGCUGCUUUGGCUCUCUUUUUCUUUAACAUUCAUCACUCUUCUGUCGCCACUGCAGUCGCUGUAUCAUACGGAUUUAUUUGAAUGUGUACAUACUGUAUAAAGAGUUUUAAUAGGAUGAUCUGUACAUAAUGCAGAAUAAACUGUUUGACUGAAAUGGCAGUGGCACAACAUGUACAAUGGUGUGUAUGUUCACAAACAAAUACCAUAGAUGGAUUUAAAGCACUUCUGUUCAGGCUUCCUGUGUCCGAGCUUUUAAUGUUUCCUUUGAAUUAGAGAUGAAUUAUUCCAAAGAUAUUUAGGAAAGAAAUUGGAAUGUUCUCGCACCAGAAAAAGCAACACU